AUGGAUCCCGUGGCGGCUGCGGCGGCGCACGGCGGCGGGCACCACUUCGCGCCGCCGCCGGCGCCCUUCCACCCGUUCGCCCACCACUUCCCGGGGCAGCACCCGGCGUUCCAGCAUUUCCAGGAGCAGCUCAUGGGCGGCGCGUCGGCGAAGCAGGAGCUCGCGGACGACAGCAACACCAUCAACAGCGCCGGGAGCAACGGCAGCGGCGGCGACGGUGGCGCGGACCACCACAACCAGCAGCAGCAGCUGGCGGCGGCUGGCGAGGAGCAGCAGCAGCAGCAGCCUCCCGUGGUGAUGCGGCGCCCCCGGGGCCGCCCCGCGGGGUCUAAGAACAAGCCCAAGCCGCCGGUGAUCAUCACGCGGGACAGCGCCAGCGCGCUGCGCGCGCACGUCCUGGAGGUCGCCGCCGGCUGCGACGUCGUCGACAGCGUCGCCGGGUUCGCGCGCCGGCGCCAGGUCGGCGUCUGCGUGCUCAGCGCCGCCGGCAACGUGGCAAACGUCACCAUCCGGCAGCCCGGGGCCGGGCCCGGCGCCGUCGUCAACCUCGCCGGCCGCUUCGAGAUCCUCUCGCUCUGCGGCUCCUUCCUCCCGCCGCCGGCGCCCCCGUCCGCCACCGGGCUCACCGUCUACCUGUCCGGCGGCCAGGGCCAGAUCGUGGGCGGCACGGUCGCCGGCCCGCUCGUCGCCUCGGGGCCCGUCGUGAUCGUGGCCGCCUGCUUCGGCAACGCCGCCUACGAGCGCCUCCCCCUCGAGGACGACGAGCCGCCGCCGCAGGGCCUGGCCGGCCAGUCCUCCUCGCCGCCUCCGCAGCUUCCAUUGGGCGCCGGCGGGCACCCUCACCCGCCGCCGUCCCUCGCCGACCAGCUCCCCCACAGCCUCAUGAACGGCCUCCCGCUCCCCGGCGACGCCUACGCGUGGGCCGGCCCCGGAGGCGGCGGCGGCGCCGGCCGCGUCGCCCCGUACUGAUCGAUCGCCGGACAUGGGAGAGAAGCAGGGAGAGCAAGCAAAUUGAACAAGCGCCAGCGCGCUUCGUCGCCAUCGGCAUACAUGCAGCAUGGUACAAUCCAUCGAUCGAAGCUAGCUAAGAGUCAUCCAUCCAUCCAUCUCUCUCCCCGCCUCUGCUAAUCACCCGGCCUCUCCGUCCCCGUGCUGUUCUUCCUUGGUGUAAUCAGUCCGCCAUGGAUGGUUUGGUCAAAUUACCCAACCCUGCCUGUAGUAGUGUAAUUCCGAUCCCCGUAGUGCUUUGGAACUGUUAAUCCCUGCGGUUAAUUUUCUUUCACUUUCACCUUCACCUUCACCUGAUGAGCAAUGCAUGAUCCAUCGAUGCAUCUGUAGAGAGAGAGGAGUUGAGGAGAUUAGAAGUAGUAGUGGUGCCAGCAGAAGCAAUUAAGCUUCUUUUAAAAAAUUGUUUUAAUCUGUC